UUCCUGUCUACCUGUCUCAACUGCUAUAAGUUAAUGACCUGUAUGAGCCGUCCUGUCUGUCAUCAUCUGUGUCAAUAAGGUUUAACUCUGGGAUUCAAAGAUAACUAAAACUCCCUCAUCACAAGCAACUCUCAGUCAGACUGAGUCAGUUUGUCAGGAGAACUCAGGAACAUGGUUUCAUCCUUCCUCUGCCUCACCCUCCUCUUCAUCAGCCUCAGCACAGCAGAUGGAUUCAAAAUGUAUAAGCUGACUCACUGUGACUUUAACUCCACUGAGCUGAAAGACAUCAAGUACGUCCUCUCUUACUAUUACAACAAGAUCAAGUUCUCCACGUUUGACAGUGAUGUGGGGAAGUUUGUUGGAUACACUGAGUACGGAGUGAAGAACGCAGAGUAUUGGAACAGUGGUGCAUACCUGACUCAAAUAAAAGCUCAGAAGGAGACGUACUGCCUACAAAACGUUCGUUUCUGGUACAACAACAUACUGUCUAAAUCAGCUAAGCCGUAUGUCAGACUUCACUCCACAACGCCCCCCUCCAGUCAGCAUCCUGCCAUGUUGGUCUGCAGCGUCUAUGACUUCUACCCGAAAUACAUCAAAGUGAGCUGGCUGAGAGAUGGACAGGAAGUCACCUCUGAUGUCACUUCCACUGAGGAGAUGGCAGAUGGUGAUUGGUACUACCAGACCCACUCACACCUGGAGUACACACCCAGGUCUGGAGAGAAGAUCUCCUGUAAGGUGGAGCACGCCAGCCUGGAGAAACCUCUGAUCACUGACUGGGAUCCCUCCUCAGACUCGUCCAUGCCCAAGUCAGAGAGGAGCAAGCUCGCCAUCGGAGCCUCAGGACUGAUCCUGGGUCUGAUCUUAUCUCUGGCUGGUUUCAUCUACUACAGGAGGAAGGCCCGAGGUCGUAUCCUGGUUCCCACUAACUGAGCCUGGAUCCUGGUCCUGGUUCUGUCCGAUGUUAUAAAAGCUGCUGCUUCCUGUGUUAAGCAGACUGGUGAUGAUGACCAUCUCAGUGUUGUUGGUGCUUGUUGUGGUUUUACUGGAAUGGUUUUGGACCAUGUUUAACAAAAACCAAAUUAAAACUCAAAACAAAAGAAAGCCAGACAUACAAAUUAGAUAAAACCUUAAAUCUGGAGCAGACGGAGUCACCGUAUUACUCCAAAUUGCUGACAGCCCGACUACUCUAAUUUAGUAAUUAAGUCAUGGUUCACUUCACCUCCAGAACCUGUAACAGGAAAGCAAACAGUCAAGUUCACUGACUGUUCAAAACUACACGUAACAGCUCCUCUGUGAUUUUUCAUACAACUGACAACAGAUCAGUGUGGAGGCUCAUUAAAAACAAAUUUCAUCUUAAAUACUUACAGAUUAAAAACCUGCGGGUCUGCAGUCUGACAUCUCAAAACAUACGGAUCAUGUGAGGCGUUUGUCCAAUCCGCUGUGGCGCAGUGUAACAGACUGUAGCCGGUGGCUGUUCUAUCGUUCAAGCUUGGCUUGUUAGGUGUGUUUCCUUCACAAUACUGCCAUCUGUGGCGCUGUGGUGCUUGAUGCCAGCAAGUUAUUGUUUUUGCAGUGGUUUGUGUACGUACAUUUGGAUUCAGCAGUCGGAUACAUACGCACAUACUUCGCUUCCUGUCUCUAGCACUAAGGAAUGUGUUGUGAUUGGCUGAGGUGCAAUCGAGGCUGUGCUCCACAGACUUGAAUACAGACGAGCGCUGAAAACUUCAGCUUGAAAUCUUGUCCUUAUUCAGCCAGGACCAUUUGUUCUCUUGACCAACUGAAAAAGGAGCUUUUCUUGAUUUAGCAUUUUUGGGCUUUUACUUUGUGUUCGUCUUUCCUCGUUGUCUUCAACUUAAACAAGUUUAAUUUCCACAUCACAAACCAGCUAACAACAUCAGGGGUGUGGACUUCUAUCAUAGGCUGUGAAUUCACUUUUAUUUAAUUUGGGGAAAUAAACUGAAUUCUUUCUUUUCAGUUGUUCUUUGAUGUUUGCUGUUAGAUGUGAUGGCAGCUGAGGCUGAAAGACACUUUAAAUGUUAUGUUAUCAGCCAAGUUCUGUUUAAUGUCUUUACUGACUUUUAUUUACAGUGAUACAUAAAGAAGUAAAACACUUUUUUCACUUAUGUAUCUCUAAAUAUUCUCCAGUUUAUCUCCUGCUUAGGUUUGGCUUCGAAGAGGUAAAGUGCAAGUAUUUGCCCUUUAAUAAUGUGUGAAUGUACUUUAGGUGUUUUUCUUGUUUUUUUAAUUAGAGUACCAAAGUGAUUUAAUCUGAAUGUCUCCUGGUCAAAGCUGGUUGUUUCUGUUCCUGCAUGGAGGGAUUUCACUCUGGAUUUUCAUCCUCUGCUUCAGUUUCAUUAACAGUAAACAAAUCUGUUACUAUCACACUCUCCUUUGAGUUCAUUUUGUGGUUAAAAGAUAACUAAAUGCUUAGUAUGUGUAAAUUAAAUCUAAAUAAAACAUUUUAACACAACUCAUUAUUUCCUCCUGCUGUCUGUGAAACGUGUUGUUUUUCAGCACAUCCGUUUUUCUGAAAUAUUUUCGUGUACCAACCACAACACACAGCAGCAGGUUAUAGCAGGUUGCACUUCCUGAAUCUUUGAUUCCGAUAAGCUACAGUUAAACGGGAACAGCAGGGAGACUUGUUUCAUUAGGCAACAGACUGCAGACUUAUUCUCAUCUAUUUUUCAUUUCACAUCCUGGGUUUAAUGGAAUCAUUUCUCACUUUCACACUGUUUUCAUUCUCUGCUCUGCUUCAGUUACAUCUAAAUAAAUGUGUUUUACUUUUAUUUUAACCCGAGCAACACAUAAAAAACCUCUUUCAUCCUUUCCAAUGCAACUUAAAUAUUAGUCGUCUCAUUCUCCAGAAUACUAUCCUUAUACUGCAUCAACCUCCUAUCACCCAAAUACUCUUUUGCAUGCAUUUUUAAUUUCUCUUUGAUCUUUGGACAUAUUGGUGAAUCUAAAAACAAAGAAUUACCAGAUGUUUUUUUUUUUACCUUAUUUGUUUUCCUAAGAAAAAUGAGAGGCACAUAUAAGGGUAUUUCUUUAAAUUUUUGAUAAAGGAUAAGUUUUGUUAAAUGUUCUGACUCUGCAGCAGCAAAUCAAAGUUUAAAGCUCAAAACAAGAAAAUGGACAAAAUCAUUUUCAGUGUUUAUGUGAGAAAAAUAGUUUUUGUCAGAGAAAAUAAAAUUGAAGUUAUUCAUUUUUGCAUGUUGAAA